AUGGAUUACAACACUCCUCCGACCUGGGCCGCGGUCGCCGGGCUCGCUCUGCUGGCGAUCUGCUUGUACCUGGCCGGCGUGCGCCGCAGCCGCAGCGGGAGACGGUCGUACCCGCCAGUGGUAGGCACGGUGUUCCACAAGCUCUACCACUUCCGCCGCCUGCACGACUACCUCACGGACCUGUCCCGAGGCCGCAAGACCUUCCGCCUGCUCGCCCCCGGCCGGCGGCUCAUAUACACGUGCGAUCCGGCGGUGGUGGAGCACAUCCUCCGGGCCAACUUCGGCAACUACGGCAAGGGCGCGUUCAACUACGACAACACCGGGGACCUGCUGGGCGAUGGCAUCUUCGCCGUCGACGGCGACAGGUGGAGGCAGCAGAGGAAGAUCGCCAGCCACGAGUUCGCCACGAGCGCCAUGCGUGACUUCAGCGGCGCCGUCUUCAGGGAGAACGCCGCCAAGCUCGCGGCCGUCGUCGCCGCCAACGCUGCGUCGAAGCAGCCCAUGGAAUUCCAGGCAAGCGCCGCCUGA